CAAAAGAGCAGUUCAUCAGAGGAACUUCUUGGUCUCAUUAACAGGAUUCUUCUGCUUUCCAGAGUGAAAAUGGUGGAUUAUAAAGUGACUGUGUCCACUGUUAAUAUUGCCACUGCUACCACUUUUAACAACGUCUACAUUAAACUGGUGGGCACAGAUGGGGAGAGCGAUCGCACGUGGCUCGUAAGCGUAAAAGGGGCUCUAUCCUUCGUCAGAGGAGCAGUGUCUACGUUUACCGUGUCCUGCCCUGCCUCCAUUGGCAAGCUGGUCCUGAUAGAGCUAAGCCUACAGCAUAUCCCACUGUUUGGGGAAGACUCUUGGUUCCCUGCUAAGGUGGAAGUGAAAUCCCCUGAGGGAGACACCUACAACUUCCCCAUCUACCAAUGGAUCACUGACAGUGAAGUGCACCGCUUCAGAGAGGGAACAGCUCUGAAAGUCUCUGAAGACAACCAUCAUCUUGGCAAGUACAGUCGGGAGCAAGAGCUGAAGCAACGGGAGGAAAAUUACCGCUGGCAUGUGUAUGCAGAGGGAAUACCUCACUGCAUGAAGGCAGAAGACCCUACUGAUCUUCCUGCUGAAGUCCGCUUCUCCUUCACAAAGGCUUCAGAGUUUCGCUUCACUGCACUCACUGGGCUGGCUGAGCUGCGUCUGAAAGGACUGGCUGAAUCCACGGAGAACUGGCCUGAUAUUGACUCUAUAAAUCGAGUGUUCUGCUGCAAACAGACUGACAUAUUGGACUAUGUCCAGAAACACUGGAAGGAGGAUGCUUUUUUUGCCUACCAGUAUCUAAACGGUGUCAACCCCAUCUUGAUCCGACGCUGUUCAGCUCUGCCUGAUAACUUUCCUGUCACUGACGACAUGGUCUUCCCCAGUGGUCAGUUCAGCUUGGCAGAUGAAAUGAAGAAAGGCAACAUAUUCCUGUGUGACUACAAGCGUUUGGAUGGACUGAAAGCAAACAUCAUCAAUGGGAAGCAGCAGUACUUGAUGGCUCCCCUCGUCCUGCUCCACAAAACACCUGAUGAUAAGCUGAUGCCAGUUGCUAUUCAGCUGAAGCAGACUCCAGCAGAAGACAACCCCAUCUUCCUUCCUACUGAUUCUGAGUAUGACUGGUUGACGGCCAAGAUUUUUGUGAGAAGUGCAGAUUUCAACGAGCAUCAACUCAAUGUCCACCUGCUGCGCACUCAUCUGUUCGCUGAAGUGUUUGCAGUGUCACUGCUGCGCAAUGUGCCCUCGGUGCAUCCACUGUACAAGCUCCUUGUACCUCACACUCGCUACACUCUGCAGAUCAACUUCUUAGCUCGAGCUCGUCUCAUAUCUGAGACUGGAUCUUUCACACUGUUUGCAGCCUCUGGUGGAGAGGGUUUGGUGACACUCCUGCAGAGAUCACAGUCCUCAGUGACCUACAGCUCCCUCUGCAUGCCAGAGGACAUCGCUGAGCGUGGGGUGGAGGAUGUGCCGAACUUCUACUACAGGGAUGAUGGACUCGGGAUUUGGGAUAUCAUUCACAGGUUUGUGCAGGGAGUGCUCAGCUUCUACUAUAAGAGUGAUGCUGAGGUCCAGCAGGACUCUGAACUGCAGAAGUGGAUUUCAGACAUUUUUGAACAUGGAUUCCUUUCCCAGGCAUGCACAGGAAUUCCACAGAGCUUUAAAACCGUGGAUGAGUUGGUCAAGUUUGUCACCAUGGUGAUCUUCACUUCCUCAGCACAACACUCGGCUGUGAACACUGGACAGUAUGACUAUGGCGGCUGGAUGCCCAACACUCCCAUCUCCCUGCAACUUCCUCCACCAACCACAAAGGGGACGACAAGCGAGGCCACGAUGCUGCAGACAUUUCCUGCUGUCAACACAACCGUUCAGGGAAUGGCCACCAUGUGGCUACUCAGCCAGCAGUCCUCUGAUUUCGUCGCUCUCGGCCAGUACCCAGAGGAGCAUUUCAGCGAGGAAAUUCCCUGCAAGCUGAUAAAGGAUUUUCAGGGAGAGCUUGAAGUGUUGAGUGCAGUCAUCAAAGCCAGAAACAAGAGUCUGGAGGUGCCAUACACAUACAUGGAUCCAACUGAGGUAGAAAAUAGUGUGGCUAUUUGAAUAUCAGAAGCGUGACCUCCUCAGCUGUUGGCCGAAUUCAGCUUCAUAUCAAAGGAAUACUUCACCCACAAAACGACCAUAUUUAUAUCAGUUAGUCACGCUGUGUUACCUUGAAUUCAUUAAGAAAAUGUUAUUUUUCUCAUGCCACAUUUAAAAACAGCAAAGCUAUAUCACAACAUCUGUUUGUAAGCUCUCACACAACUCGUGCAGUAUAAUCCAAGUCUCAUAGAUCUAGUCAUAUACUCAGUGUUUCCCAAACACAUGCAUUGAACUUCAUAAAGGCAUCUCUUCUGGAUUAAAUGGCACAAGUUGUGUAAGAGUUUGUAAACAGAUGUUUUGAUUUAGUUUUGCCCUUGAACGUUCUCCCCAGUCAAUCAAUAAAUCAGUUUGUUAGCUAAUUUCCAAUGGUGCAUGCGAGACAAAUGAAAUUUCUUCAUGACUUGAAGGUUACACUGCAUGACUGCGUGAUUUAAAAAUGAUCAUUUUGUAGGUGAAGCAUUCUUUUAAUAAAGAUGUGAAAGGGGAUAAUCUACAUGUUCUGUCUUACCUGAUACUAUGGUGGAAGGAAACUACUGCAUGUGAUUGUUUCAUGCUGAUCUUUGAUUUCUAUACAGACUGACUGAUUUAACUGAGGUGAAAUUUAAUCUUUGAAACCUGAAUUAACAAAUUAAAUCUUCAUCUUAAUUUGUCAGUGAUGUCCGAUAAUUUAGCUACAGCUUGAUCUGUGUGUGAGCCUGUUUGUGCCAGUUAGAAUAGUACUACAUAUUUUUGUGAGAAACAAUGACAAAUAUUUUCUAAGUAAUAACUAAUAAUAACUUGUUGUUAUUUAUUUAUUGUUGUUUUCUUGACAUGUUGCUGAUGACAAAACUGUCUGUUAAACAUUGUGCAUAUGAAUAUAAAAUGAACGACAUUCUUCGUAUUAUAUUAGCUCAUUAUGUUGUUGUGUUUGUGAUUUUUUUCAUUUCAUAUCUCUCUGUGUGACCAAAUUCCUUCACCAAAAUAAAAUAUUGUUAAGUCUACACA